AUGACCGACAAGGAGUCAGUCAGAAAACGCGCGAGUUGCAAGGGUCGGUUGACAGCAUUUACCAACUAUGUCAACGAGUUGGAUGAGUCAUUGGAUGCGUCACAGGUGUGCGAAUUGCAACUACGUUUGGGUAAGAUGGAAAGUUUAUUUUCACAAUUUGACGAGGUUCAGUCAAAAUUAGAGUGUUUAGCUGAUGAUGUUAAUAGUCAACUACCGGAGCGUAACGAGUUUGAAUCUAAGUAUUAUAAGAUCUUUGCAAAGGCUCAAGACUUACUUACACGUAACUUGAAACCAACUAAGAAUGAACCUUUGGAAAGUGAUUAUAGUUCAGCACAAACGCGUAAUCGCAGGCUUGUUAAAUUACCUACCAUACAACUGCCUAAGUUUAGUGGUUCCUAUGAGAAAUGGUUGGAGUUCCAUGACACGUUCUCUAGCUUGAUACAUUGUAAUGAUGAUAUUGAUGACGUCAACAAGUUUCAUUAUCUUAAAGCGUGUCUCGAGGGAUCAGCUGCUGUUGUGAUCCAAUCCAUUGAGUUUUCCGCCAACAACUAUUCUGUGGCGUGGAAGAUAUUAUGCGAUCGCUAUGACAACAAGCGGGUUUUAAUAAACAACCAUGUUGCAGCAUUAUUCAACCUCGAGACUGUUAAAAAAGAGUCUUCCGUAGCUUUAAAACGUGUCAUUGAUUCUGUGAAUAAGAAUUUGCGUUCAUUGGAAUCGUUAGGAGAGCCAACAGAUCAUUGGGACACACUGUUGAUUCACAUGGUAUCAACCAAAUUGGAUGCUAAAACCUUUCGAGAGUGGGAAGAAUUUAAAGGUAGGUUUGUUAAGGACAGGUCUUAG